CUGCAGGACUAAGUGCUCACUCACAGCCAGACAGAGACAGAGUGGAAACCUCUUGUCAAGUUUCUUUCUGACCCUCAGAGCAUCAGCAUUUUAACAGAUUCACUUCUUCAUUGUUUCCCUUCCACACUGGGCUCUCUGUGUUUUUCAGAUAAGUGUGUCGAUGGCAGUCAUUCUUCUGAAUAUCUGAUUUUCAGGAACAAAUACUUGGCUUCAUCACUACUCUAUGUGUUGCACUCGGGCAAGCGUGACGCAUGGACAGUGACAGGGCGCACACUCCUCAUUGAGAAACUUCACUUUUGCGCCACAAAGUUAGGGUUAUUGAAGUGAUUCAGAUUUUUUUUUUCCUUUUUGGUAGGCCUAUUUCAGUAUAUUUUUUUUUCAAGGAUGCUCGUCUUAACUUGGAAUAGAUGCUGUGCUGUGAUGUUUCUCGUCGCUAUACUGAAGACGGGGACAUCCCAGGUAUCAGAGGCGCGCCCAAAGGCGAACUCCAUCAAGCCAGCUCUGUCGGAAGAGACACCUACACCCGCUACAGACCGCUCAGUCACAGUCCACAGCGGGAUCACCAAGAAAUAUAACAUCCUUGCGCAGCACGUGUAUCCAUGCAGCAAUGAUAAGGAGUGCAGUGUGGGAAGCUACUGCCACAGCCCUCAACAGGCUCCCUCUCGCUGCCUCACCUGCCGCAGGAGGAAGAAGCGCUGCCAUCGAGAUGCCAUGUGCUGUCCUGGGAACCGCUGCAGCAACUAUAUUUGUGUACCUAUCUCCGAGAGUGUGCUCUCACCUCACAUCUCAGCUUUAGAUGAGCAUAACAAACUCGCCAACAAAGACCACAACUGGAGGAAGAGUGGGAAGGCACAGGCUAAGCUUCCUCUUAAAGCGCAUGAGGGCGACGCUUGCCUGCGUUCAUCCGAUUGCUCUGAGGGCUACUGCUGUGCCCGCCAUUUCUGGACCAAAAUCUGCAAGCCGGUGCUGAGGCAGGGAGAGGUGUGCACCAAACAGAGGAAGAAAGGCUCUCACGGCUUGGAAAUCUUCCAGCGCUGUGACUGUGCCAAGGGCCUUUCCUGCAAGGUGUGGAAAGACGCCACCUCCUCGUCCAAGUCCAGGCUCCACAUGUGCCAGAAGAUUUGAAGUGGAGGCAGCUGCUGUAGGCGUAGAGGCCUCUGUCUCCAUCUGCCAGGGAAAGUUUUUUAAAGGAUGGGUUGUGGCUGUAUUGAAAGGAGCAAAAGACAGAGACUAACAAGAGACAGAACAGACUGUGUGGGUUCAAGCUCGCUAUUCGGCAGGCGGACAGCAAAUGGGAUUGCUUUAAUGUGUUUGCUGUGAGUGAUCCCUCCUUGCACCCACAGACAAACACGCACCCUCACAGACACAAGCACACAUACACCUCAUGGGUUUGUGAGAUCAAUGAACUCAUGAUGUGCUUGCUCACAAAUACAACAAACUUUUUACACAUUUUCAUGACAUUCAGGGAGCCACAAAGUUAACCAGUAGAUGCUGUGAUAGGUGUGGACAUUUUCUAGAUGGAGGCAACAGACGUAGCAGUCUUUCAUCAAGCUUCAACUUAUAAUUAUAAGACAGAUAAACUAUUUACAGACAAGCCAUAUUCUUACUGCAUAGUACAUUCUUUACUAAACUCCAAAGUUAAAUAUCAGACGUGUAAUAUCCUGUGUUUCAUCACUGGAUUUGAAUUUUGCCAUGAUGUGUUGUCUGUUUUGUCAAAUUUCAAUAUCUUUCUCUUCACAUUUCAUUCACGUUCAUGACCAGACCCACCAAAUGCCAGUCAUAUCAUACAAGGAACUAAUUGCAUACACUGUUUACUCCAGAGCUCGACUUGUGUGCUGUAACAGCAUCCUGAGACUUCAAUGCGACGCAUAAUACUCCUAAACCAAAGAAUGCAAGAACAUUUACAUCAGUGAUGAGUUUCAUCUGGGACAUUAGUUCCUCGCCCGAUUUUUAGCCACAAGAAGAGAGAUAAAGUAUUGUGUCCGUUGUGGUAACCUCGUUUGAUCUGUCAGAUACAGCUGCAGUCUAUUGUGAUACAACUGUGUGGGUUAAAAUAGUUUGCUCUGAGGUAGUGCUCUGCUGCAGACUUAGUGGUUCUGAUACCAGACCGAGAAUGGUUCUGCUUUUCCAAUCACAUGAACAGGAUUCAAGGAUACGAUGGAAGUGCAAUUUUUUCCUUUAACAAAGCCAGUAGGAAUGGAGACGUGAGAAGAUUGAUUAGAGUAACAAAAAUUCUCCAUAAACCUGAUGUUUUCAGAAAGAAUUGCAGUUUGAAUGAACAUUUUGUUGAUGGCACACAGCCCCGUUUAUUUUCCUGUUUUUCAAAUAUGACUGCAUACUUUCUUCUCAUGAAAUACUGUGCAGUUUUGUUGUAGUUGAGGUGAAGCAAAGCUUUUUCCCCCCAGUACAACUUCUUUACACAACCACUUGUUACUUACAUAGUCAAUAUAUCACAUUUGCCUCUUUUUGCUUGUCUUUAGAGCAAAAACUACACAUAUUUUGUAACCAUUUAAAAUAUCCAUAAGCUCUUAUAUUGUAAAUAGAUUGGAAACAAUGAAAAUGUAUUUAAGAAUUAAUGUAUAUCAUGUACAUAUAAUAAAAUAUGAAUCUUAAACGUUACAGCAAAAUGAUCUAGGCGAGAAGAGUAAUGGUUGGCGCAGUUGGAUAGAUUCAGAAUAAUGUAGUUGAAAUGAUAAAAGCUGUGUGUAUAGGCAAAGGGAAAAGGCAUAGAUAGCUUUGACUGAUAUUCCAGACUGGAUGCAUCAAGAAGGUAAUUCCAAAAGGAGAGACAAGCACAUUAAUUUCCAAAAUAGUUUGUGUAAAUGGUGUGUAAAUGGUGUCAAGAUUUAUAUCCCACUAAAUAUUGUUUGUGUCAAUACUUUGCAUUGAUUUGUUUUGUGUAUUUACAAUGUUGAAUGAAUAAAAGAAUGUAUUUUGUA